AUGUUAGAUGAUAAUGUACAUGACUGUACAGAGGCGUAUCCUGAUAAGUCUGCAGAUUCUGUAGCUGACUUCCUGUACAAGACCGUGUGCAGACUUGGCUGCUUUGACAUUUUGAUCAGUGAUCAAGGUAGAGAAUUCAUCAACACUAUAAUUGACAAUCUUAUGACCAAGCUGGGAACUGAGCACAGAGUCAGUUCAACAUACCAUCCUCAGACCAAUGGACAACGAGAGCGAGACAACAGGACCCUUAAGAAUGCCCUCUCAAAGCUUGUCAACGACCGUGGAGACAACUGGGAUGUUUUUAUACCUGGAGUUCUGUUUGCCCACCAUACAUCUGUACAUGCAUCAACCAAGAUGACACCAUUUGAAUGCAUGUACAUCAGAAAGGCAAAACUACCGAUGGACAUUAAGGACUCUCCAAAACCAAAAGAAGUUGUGAUCAGUGAUGAUUUUCUCCAAGCCAUGCAGAACCUGCGACAAAACAUCACAUCAAAGGUCAGCAACAAUAUUACAAAGCCCAAGAAGAUUCAGAAGGAACAACAUGACAAGCUACACAACAGUCAUCAUGAGUUGGGGCUGAGGACAAGCGUCUACCUGAAGAAUUCACGUCAAAUGAACAGAAUUGGAGCUAAGCUUGAGCCAAGGUUCCUUGGACCAUAUGAAGUUCAUCAAGUGCUUGGCAAGGGACGUGUUAAGUUGAAGAGUUUGAAGAGUGGCCAAGUGCUUCGCAACGCAUACCAUGGAUCGAAUUUGAAAAGACACACUCCACAAGACGUCUUCCCCACCAACCAUACCAGUCCUGCUAGUCACUCCAGCUACACCAGGCCUACCACCAGAUCUACCAAGACUACCAGUUCAACCAGUCCUAGCUGUCGCACCAGCCACACCAGUUCAAAACGCUCUGUCAGUCCUACUGUACCACACCACACCAGGUUUAUGAGUUCUACCAGCUGUACCAGUCCCAUCAAGUCCAAGAAGCCCAGCACCACAACCAGCAACACCCCCAAGAGGCCACAUUACAGCUUCCAGCCAAUGACCAUUCAAAGAAGAAGAGAACUUUCUAAACAGUGA